AUUCAAGCCGGUAGUUUUAAAGUGCUGGACCAACAUGGGCUUGAAGAUUAUAUUCGUAGCUACGAUUUUUCUCUGCAGCGCCAAAGUGAUUGCACAAGACAGUCAAGAAACAUGUGGAUUCAAUGCUGUUGCCACGACAACCAGUCAGCCAAUCACAUCACCUAAUUAUCCCAACAAUUACACAAACAAUUUAGAUUGUACUUGGACGAUAACUGCUCCUCCUGGAAUGAGAUUACGCUUAGAAUUUCAUAGCUUUUCUACGGAAAGAGAAUAUGACACUUUGUCUAUUUACAAAGGAAAUCGUAGAUUGAGGCAAUACAGUGGAUCAGUUGAAAGACUAGUAUAUAGAACUACCGAAAACAAUAUCACACUGAGGUUCGUUACAGACGGGUCCGUGACACGACCCGGUUUUAACGGAAGUUUUUUCACAUGGAUGGUGACCACUACCACAGCUGUGACUCGUACUAGGACCUGUGAUUUUAACUAUGUUGCCACGACAACCAGUCAGCCAAUCACAUCGCGUAAUUAUCCCAACAAUUAUCCAAACAAUGAAAACUGUUUUUGGAUGAUAACUGCCUCUGAUGGAAUGAGGGUUCAACUCAAUUUGAUCACAUUUGAAACAGAACUUAACGCUGAUUUCUUAACUGUUUCAAAUGGAGACACAAACUUAGCAAAACUGAGUGGGUCUUAUUCCAAUAAAAUAUUAAGAUCAGACAACAAUAGUCUCAUUCUAAGAUUUACAUCAGAUAACUCUUUAACGAAAUCCGGCUUCAAUGCAACAUUUGUGGAAUAUGAUCCAACGACCAUUGAAACAGCAGUAGGCAGUCAUUCAACAUGUGGAAAUAACCUUGUUGCCACGACAACCAGUCAGCCAAUCACAUCACCUAAUUACCCUAACAAUUAUCCAAACAAUGCUGAUUGUACUUGGACGAUAACUGCCUCUGGUGAAAAGAAAAUUCAGCUCACUGUAGAAAUUUUAUUAUCAGAAAAAUACUUUGAUUUUUUAACUAUUUUAAGCGGCGAUACACAGCUGGCAAAGUUAAGUGGAAUUCAGACAAACAGAGUUUUUACUUCAUUUGGAAAUAUUCUCACAGUAAAGUUCACAUCUGACCAAUCCAUCACUCAAUAUGGUUUUAGAGCUACGUAUAUUGAGCACACACCUCAAGCUAAAGAAAAUGAUUGUCACUUUAACCAAGUUGCCAUGACAACCAGUCAGCCAAUCACAUCACCUAAUUAUCCCAACAAUUAUCCAAACAAUGCCAAUUGUUCUUGGAGGAUAACUGCACCAGAAGGAAUGAGGGUUCAAAUCAAUUUUGCAAGCUUUGAUACAGAAAGUGAUUAUGAUAUUUUGACACUUUUCAAUGGAAACAGGCUGAUGAGACGUUUAAGCGGAAAUAUAAUAAACAGAGUUUACACAUCAAGAGGCAAUGUUCUAUUUCUAACAUUCAUUUCCGAUAGUUCUUAUGUAAGACCUGGUUUUACAGGGACUUAUCAAAUUUUUGUUAGAACUACAACAACUACGGUCACAACUACAACCUCUACAAUCAGUACUACACGUCUCCCCGAGACUUGUGGAUAUAAUGCUGUUGCCACUUCAACCAGACGACUAAUCACAUCACCUAAUUAUCCCAACAAUUAUCCAAACAAUGUCGAUUGUACUUGGACGAUAACUGCAUCAGAAGGAAUGAGUGUCCAACUCAAUUUAAUAACUUUUUUAUCAGAAAGAAAUUACGAUUUUUUAACAAUUUCAAGCAAUGGUAAACAGUUGGCCAGGUUAAGUGGUUAUCAUCCUAACAGAAAAUACAAAUCAGAAGGUGACAUUCUCAUUUUAAGAUUUACUUCAGAUCCGUCACGUGCCACAGGAAAUUUCAGAGCAACAUUUUCUGCAAUUCCAUCUCAAAAAUGUGGAUUUAAUGCUGUUGCCACUACAACCAGUCAGCCGAUCAUUUCACCUAACUACCCUAAUAAAUACCCAAACGAAGCCGAUUGUACUUGGACGAUAACUGCCUCCGUUGGAAUGAGGGUUCAAAUUAAUCUGCACAAUUUAAAUACUGAGAAAGUGUUCGAUUAUUUCAUAAUUCUAGAAGGAGAAAGACAGAUUGUAAGAUUAAGUGGCGUUGAAUCAAACAGAGUAAUCACAUCUUCUGGAAAUAGUAUAACUGUCAAGUUUACUUCGGAUAGAAGAGUUAAUGGAACUGGAUUUAAUGCUUCAUUUAUUGGUAUAUUAUUAUAUAAAGAUGCAAAAUAA